AUGAAGAACCCAAAAUUUGGCGGCAUCCAGUACGAGAACAGGCAUCCCGGAAUGGCAUGUGAUCUGCCCGGUUGUACGUUUAAGGACUACACGCAAUGGCCCGAAUUUUACUCAGCCGGCCAGGACAUCUUGGCGUACAUCAAGUGUGUGGCCGAAAAGUACCACAUAGACCGCUACCUCAAGCUGCAGAACGAGGACCUAACGGCCGGCACGGUGUAUGCCAACAAGUGCGGCUUUCUCGUCGUUAUCCUAAGCCUGCAUAACUUCAAUGGACGGCAAAUGCACACGGCCAACUUGGACGAGCCGUACGACAUCGAGGAUAAGGAGGUCAUCGUCAACGGCAGCGACUCAUCGGCUCUCCAGGUUGAGCCUGCGCAUCGUGCAGCCUGUCGAGUCCCCGUGCUCACCGACGGCAUCGAGACCAUCGACGGCAAAGUGCGCAAGGUCGACACCAUCGUCACGGAUACCGGCUUCGACUCCUACCUGCCGCGCUUCCCCAUCACCGGCACCGGCGGUAUGCCCAGUUUCUUCCUCUCGCUCGGCCCCGACAGCACUCCACCCACCGGCUCGGCCAUUGUGGCCAUUGAGAGCCAGUGCCAGUAUAUGAUCGACGUCAUCACCAAGUGCCAGCACGAGGGAUAUAAGACCAUCCAGGUCGAGUAA